AUGGCUACCAAAGAAGCGGACAUUUCUCCCCCUGACAAAAACGACGAGACGGGAGCACAUAGUCCUUCGAAUAGCGGAGAUGCCAACGACCAUAUCAACACCGCCGGACGACGGGCUUCUGACCCUUCACCCUCGGAGUCAGAGAAAAGAGACGUCGACGGGCAAGAUUCAACCCUGACGACGGCGAGUCCCAGCGACCAGAAACCGUACACAGCCUUCUCCAACCGUGCCAAAUGGUUCAUCGUGACCAUGACCGCCAUGGCAUCCUUCUUCUCGCCCUUGUCCGGCCAGAUCUACUACCCAGUCCUCCCCAUCCUGACGAACACAUAUCACCUCUCGUCGGGUCUGAUCAACGUCUCCAUCACCACGUACAUGAUCUUCCAGGGCCUCACGCCUAGCUUCAUGGGCACCUUCUCCGACGCCAGCGGCCGGCGGCUGGGCUACAUUCUCGCCUUCACCAUCUACACGGCGGCGAACAUUGGGCUGGCGCUGCAGGACAGUUAUGCCGCCCUGCUCGUCCUGCGCUGUCUGCAGAGCGCGGGGAGCAGUGGCACAGUCUCGUUCGGGUACGGGGUCAUUGCCGACAUCGUCACCACGGGGGAGCGGGGCAAGUUCUUUGGUCCCAUGGCGGCGGGUGUGUUGACCGCGCCAGCCCUCGGACCGACCAUCGGCGGUCUUUUGACGCAGUUCCUAGGGUGGAGAUCCGUCUUCUGGUUCCUCACCAUCGUCAGCGGCGGCUACCUGGCGAUGUACAUCAUCUUGAUGCCCGAGACGCACCGCAAGAUCGUGGACGACGGGAGCAUCGCCCCGCAUCAAUGGUGGCGCCAGUCCGUCGUGCAGUACGUCGCCGGCCGACGGCGGCUGAAGAGAAUGAGUGUCGAAGAGAGGCGCGACUACGAGUGCGCGCGGCAGGCCCUGGCGGAGCGGCAGCGAGACACGAGGAUCCGGUUUCCCAACCCGCUCGGGUCCUUUGUCAUUCUCACCAACCCGGACGCCUUCUGCCUCAUCAUGUACACCGGGGUCAUGAUGUUCAGCAACCUGGUCCUGAUGACGAGCACGCCGACCGUGUUCCCCAGACUCUACGGCCUCAACGAGCUGCAGGUGGGGUUGUGCUUCUUACCGCUCGGCAUCGCCGCCAGCAUCGGCUCCAUCUGCAACGGCCGCCUCCUGGACUGGAACUACCAGCGCACCGCCCGCCGGCUGGGCCUCACGGUGGACCGCAAGCGUGGCGACGACCUGCGCAACUUCCCUAUCGAGCGCGCGCGCCUGCAGGCCGUCUUCCCUUUCCAGGUCGUGCAGGUGGCGGCGCUGGUGCCGUACGGGUGGGCGCUGGAGCGCCGCGCCUCGCUGGCCGUGCCGCUCGUGCUGCAGUUCGUCCUGGGCUUCUGCCUCGUGGUCGCCUCCAACUCGAUCAGCACCCUCCUCUCCGACAUCUACCCCGGCAACGUCUCGACCGCGUCCGCCGCGUCCAACCUCAUCCGCUGCAUCCUGGGCGCCGUCGGCGCCGCCGUCGUCGACAACAUGCUCACCGGCAUGGGCCUCGGGUGGUGUUUCUUCCUCGUCGGCUUGCUCAUGGCCGCCGCCACGGCGUUCCUGUGGGUCGAGACCAGAUGGGGCAUGGGCUGGCGCCAGCAGCGGUGGCGCAGAUUGGCGGAGAAGAAACAGACGCAGGCGGAGAGAGAGGAGAACAGCAAGGAGGCUCAAGUGUGA